GAGAGCUCGAAAUAUCGAAUUUCGGCAGCCUCUCCUCUGUGUCUUCUUCUGCGUAAAAGUCUCAAAAAUCUCCGCGCGUUUCGUCAGACGAUAGACCCGGAGCUGUGACGAAGAAAAAUCAUAAAAAGCAAAAAGAAAUCCGCAGAGAUGAGUUUUGGAUUCAUGAUUGGAGUGUUUGGUGUGUUAAUUCUGGCUCACGCCGCUUAUUCUACCAUUCAAUAUAGAAGCUUGCUGAAGAUCCUGGAGGAAGAGUUUUCGGGACUCCCGAUGAAUGUGGUCGGUGAACUGCUUUUAGGGUUAGUUUUCUGUAUGUGGGCGGCCCUAACUGUUCCCGGGAAGUUCCUCUCGAUACUUCCUUAUUCAGAAGAGAACAGGAUAGUUUCUUUGCCUGAUAAUCUAGACUUCAUGGUCUUUAACCAUCGCGGCAAGGUCUUUCCCUCCAAAAUGGAUUUGAAGCUGAAGCGUUGAGUCUUCUUCUAAACCUAGAUAAAAUCACAUGUUCUGACUGCUGAGUUUUCCCUUCCCUUUUUCGGUUUUUUUUUUUUUUUUUGGGUGGGUGGGGGGUGUUUAAUUUGGUGCUAAGAAAAUUUUCUAUUUAUUGUUUGUGCUCCUCUGAGAUAGGUGAUGUGAUGCUGCUCUGGAUGUAAUUUUACACUUCAUUGGUUAUUAGCUUUUGUUUAUUUUCUUCUAGGAUAUUUAAGUGAGCAGCCAAUUAUCUGGUGUAUUUCAUGGUUAACUUUGUCACGAAAUUAAAAGCUCAGAUAUUACGCGCA